AUGAGUUCGAGUAAUAAAGCCACCGUUAAGGGUGGCAAAGGCGUCAAGCCGGAGAAAUCCAGGAAAUCAGAAAAAUCAGAAACUAAAGGAAAAGGCGGCGACAGACAGAGAGAUGCUAAUUCCAAAAACGAAGAUCCUAGUAUUAAUGACCAAGAGGACAAAGUUAAAUCGUUGUUAGAAAUGUCCCGAAGGACUGAGGAGGAAGUGUGCCUGGCCCUGCAGGAGUGCGACUACGACUUGAACCGGGCCAUGAACAUGUUACUGGAAGAAAUGGCUGCCGGCGAAUGGGAGACCAGAGCGAAGAAGAAAAAGAACCGCCAAGCGUCGGCGAGCAAGCAGGAGAAGUCGGACGAGGCGCCGCCGGUGGACGAUUGGAACGAAGCGCCGCCGCCGUCGGCGGCGACCGUCCACGGCGACAAAGACAAACAGCGAGGCGGCGGCGGCGGCGGCGGGACCCGCGGCAGGCAGAACAACCGCGGCUGGCGGGGCCGCGAGCGCCAGGAGAACGAUCGCAACGCCGAUGAGGGCGGCGCGGGCCGUCCGCGCGGCGAACGGGAUCGAAGAGGCCGACCGGGCGGCGGUCCGAGGGCGGGCGGCGGCGGUCGCGGCGGCGGCAGGGGCGGCGGCCGGGCGGGCGCCGGCAGGUUUUUGCCGAGGAGCGGCAGGAGCGGCAACGGCGGCGGUUACAACAAACCGAUCGACACGUGGGACAAUUCGAAUACGUGGGAUAACAGCACGGCGACGAUGGCGAACCAUUCGAAGGAGGACAAUUGGGACGAGUGUCCGGGCAUCGACGAAUGGUCGACGGAGGAGUACCAGGGCAGCUUGGCCGAUACGAAGGUAUUUACGCCGAGCAUUCAGCCAGCUGUUUUAGAUGCUGUCGCUGAACAGGCCGGUCCUUUGGGUUCUAUUCAGGACGCGACGUUGGGGCAAGGUUUACAAUUGGGACAGCACGGGAUGCAGAGGCCGUCGCAGAGUCCCGUACCACCUAUGGUGGGUAGUCUUACAGCAGCGCAAACUCAGUAUUUUUCACAGCUCCAACAAAAUAACGACACCCUAAACAAACCCUACCAGAAUCAAACCUACCAGAGCCAAGUGUUCGACAAGACCGCCGCCGGCCAAUACGGCGCCGGCGGAGGCGUAGGCGGCGGCGUCGCGGGCGCGCAAUACCCCGGCGCCGGCGCCGGUCAAUACGGCAACAACGCCUCCACGCAAUCGUACGUGGCCGGCACGCAGCAGUACGGCACGCAGACCAAUUCGAAUCAGUACGGCGUCGAGGCGGGCGCCUACCCAACGGCCGGCUACGUCGGAGGCCAGGACGCCGUGCCGUCCGUGCAACAGCCCAGCAGGCCCAAGACGCAACGGGCGCGCGUGCCGCCCCCUUCUAAGAUACCGUCGAGCGCCGUCGAGAUGCCGGGCGAUCUGAAUUCGAGCAUAGGCUAUUUGGACGUGCAAUUCGGCGCCAUGGAUCUGAUGGAUCCGGGCGCGACCUUCGACGGCGGCAUCGACGCCAAAUACGGCGCCGCCGCCGCCGCGCAACCCGGCAAUUUGGACGCCGCCGCCGGCGGCGUGACGGUUACCGGAGGAAAUUUGGAUCUCAAUUCGACGGCCAUCAAUCAAAAUUCAGCGUUGGACGCGUACUCGCCCAAAACGAACGCGCAAAACAGUAUUAGCUCUGCUCUAUCGCAAAGUUUGUCUAACGCCGAUAACAUAUCGCAGACGAGCGAACACGUGACAAACAGCUACAAUUCGGUGCCGAGGAGUACGCAAGUGAACACGUCGGGUACCACAUCGUCGGGGGCGACGCCCGGCCUGGAUUUGGGUACCAAACAGACCGAUAACCAUUCGUACGCGUCCCAAACGUCUACGUACAGUUCCUAUCAACCCAAACCGAACACCUACAAUUCGUCGACGUACGCCGGUUCGACGCAAACCGUAAGUUCGUACGUGUCGAACCAAGCGAGCAGUUAUUCGAGCAGUCAAACGGGCGGUUACAACGCGACGAGCGGCAACGCUUACCCCAACGCCUAUUCAUCGAAUAGCGCCUAUCAAUCCAACGCCAAUUCGACCGCAUUCCCUUCGAUCAGCCAAGCCAACACUUACUCGUCGAGUACGCAAUCUUAUCCGCAAAACACUAGUCAAUCCGUAUACGGUGCUAACGCUGGUUUGAGCAACAGCUCGAGCUACGGCAACACGACGACGAGCCAAUACAGCAACUACAAUUCGAGCGGUAAGAUAGCGAAGGAGACCGGCGGCGGCGGCGGCGGCGGCGCGUACGAGAACAAUUCGAACACGUCGAGCGGCAGCCAGACGACGUCGACGGGCAGCGUCACGACGACGACGACGGCGACGCCGCUGUCGCUGUCCCAAGCGGGCGUCGCCACCAGCAAGAUAUCGACGACGUUGGCCGCUAAAAAUUCAAACAGUAUUGUCUCUAAUAUUCCGCCGGGCGUGGCGCCCGUCAUGAGCACGCCCUACAUGAUCGGCCAGAUGCCCUAUUUCCAGCAACCCGUUUAUUCGUACGAGGAGAUGCAACUGUUGCAACAGAGAUUGCCGCACUUGACGACACCCUACUAUGAUAUGAGUUAUCAGACGCCGACGACGCUGGCGGCGGUGAGGGACGCGGCGGCGCUCGGCAACGUCGGCUAUUCGCUGUCCGACGGUCGAUUCACCAGGACCGAUAACAACGCAUCGCCGGUGCCGACGACGCUCUCGCAACAGACCAGCACGCUGACGCAGGGCCAUCAGGCGCAGCCCAUACUGGCCGGUACGGCGCCACCCUACUUUUUCGCCACCGCCUUCAACACCAUAGCGCCCAAUUACCAAUUCGGGCCCAUGUAUACGCAACUUCCGGCGGCGACGAACGCGCACGGUUCGAGCAACAGCUCGCAAUAUCCGAAGCCGGCGACGUACGGUUCCGGCUACGGCAGUUACGACGCUCUCAAUCAAUCGCAGGAGUACACGAAGGGCGGCUACGUGAGCAACGCCCAAACGCAGAAGGGCAGUUCGGGGAACGCCUCGUCGAGCGGAUCGGCCGGCAACGAUCUGUCGGCCAUGUACGCCAAAUCCCACACGCCUUUGGGAAAGGUCAAUUCUUAUGAAAAACAGGGUUUUCAUUCGGGCACGCCGCCGCCGUUCACGGGCGCUUUACACGGUAGCCAGAACGCCGGUUUGGCGCCGAGCGGGACGGGAUACGCGCCGCAGGUUUACAUACCGACGAUGGCGCCGCAUCAGCAACACCACACGACGCAUCUGAUGCAGCAGCCGCUCCAUCAGAUGGAUGUAAGGCACCAGACUCGACGCAUGGAUUCGUCAAGCGGUGGCGGUCAACGCUCUCAGGCGACGAACCAGACGAAAACAGGUCCGAAACAAGCCUAUCAGGCUUCGUACUGGAACCAAGCUUAA